AUGGACUUCAACUCGAUGUCCUCGAGGGAUGAUGACGACGAUGGCGAUGAUGACGGCGGCAGCAGCAGUCGAGCCACGCCUCAUGAGGGCAUGUACUCGGAUGAUGAUGAUGACGAUGAUGAUGAAGAGGAGGGCGUGGAGAUGGACAUGGAAAUGGGCAUGGAGAUUGAGGAUGAUGACGAUGAUGAGGAGGAGGGUGAGGGUGAAAGAGGUGAUGAGGGUGGUGAUAGAAACCAUGAUGAUGGUGAGGAGGUGGACGAAGGCGUCGACGACAUCUGCAUUGACCUGUCGGUCAAGGAGGAUGCCGCUGCUCCGAAUCCCAUCACCACCACUCCUAAUCCUAUCAUCACUGCCACGCCCACUCAAAACAGUCACCACAAGAGUCCACGAAAGAGGAAAAACUUUAAUCCCAUCAAGUUCAACUCUCACGAGCCCACUGAGCAGCCCACUGAAACGACUGAUGCUCCGAACCUUCCGAGCUGCCAAAAUGGCACCACCACCAACAGCAGCAACCUCAGCAGCAGUGAGCAGUCGCCGGACAUUAGCAGUGAGCAGUACGCCUACCUCUCCACAGAGGAUGACGACGACGAUGAUGAUGAUGAUGGGGAUGAUCUGUCAUCGAGUGAUGCUGCUGGUGAACAACAGCGGAAACGGCUCAGGCCUGAGGAUAAAAGCUCAGCUGCUGAAGAGUCAAAGCAGAAGGUCGAGGCCGCCUCCUCAGUUGACGACAACAACACCGAGCCGGACACUGACGUGGACAUUGACGAGGGACAGCAGCAGCAGCAGUCCACCGAAACUUUGACUAAAAAUACGGAAUCAGCUGAAUCCAAGAGAAGAAGCUCGGUGGACGAGCCGGUGGCUAGUUAG